AUGAAAACUAUCGCCGUGGUAAAUGCCACGGGCCGCCAGGCCGCCUCUCUCAUUCGCGUCGCCUCGGCCGUCGGCUACCUCGUCCGCGCCCAAGUCCACUCCCUCAAAGGCUUUAUCGCCCAAGAACUCCAAGGUCUCCCCAACGUCACUCUCUUUCAAGGCCCAUUGCUCGACAAUGACCGUCUAAUCGACAGCCUCUUCCACGGCGCCCAGCUCGCCUUCAUCAACACCACCUCGCAAGCCGGCGACGAGGUAGCCAUUGGCCGCGCCCUGGCCGACGCCGCCAAGCGCGCCGGUACCAUCCAGCACUACAUCUACAGCAGCAUGCCUGAUCAUUCGGUGCAUGGGCCGUGGCCGCCGGUGCCGCUGUGGGCGCCGAAAUUUACGGUCGAGAACUAUGUGCGGCAGUUGGAGUUGCCUGCGACGUUUGUGUAUGCGGGGAUUUACAAUAAUAAUUUUACGAGUUUGCCGUAUCCGCUGUUUCAGAUGGAGCUGAUGAGUGAUGGAAGUUUUGAGUGGCAUGCGCCGUUUGAUCCGGAUGUACCGUUGCCGUGGUUGGAUGCCGAGCAUGAUGUUGGUCCCACGCUGUUGCAGAUUUUCAAGGAUGGGCCGAAGAGGUGGUUGGGUCAUAGAAUCGCUUUGACCUUUGAAACACUCUCCCCCAAUCAAGUCUGCGCUGCUUUCAGUCGAGCGCUUAACCGGCCCUGCCACUACAUCCGCGACUCAAUUGAAAUCAAAGUCAACAUCCCUCCAGGCUAUCGAGAACAACUGGAAGCGCUUGCAAUCGUCUUUGGCGAAUGCAACGCCCCUUACUUCCCGCAACCCGAGUUCUCCCAACCAGCCGCCGGCUCUCCCAAAGGGUUGGGUCCCGCUGGCGGCAAGGGCGCGGGGGCGGGCAUGAUGCAAGGUCCCGGCGGUGUCAUUUCGCUUCGCGUGACCGAUGAGGCGCGUCAGCUGUGGGAAGGGUGGCGCGACAUGGAAGAGUAUGCGCGCGAGGUGUUCCCGAUUGAAGAAGAGGCGAAUGGAUUGGAUUGGAUGCUAUAG